ACAAAACAGUGAUCGAUUUUAUUUUAUUUCAUUCUCCUCACUAUUUUUAUUUAAUGACAAAAUUAGAUAGAAUCAUCAAGCUGCCAAAAAUGGCAUUUAUGAAUGACAGAUAAAUAUAAAUAACGUCUUUCUAAAUUACCUAAAUCUAAAAGUGUAACCGAGAACAUACAUCAAAUUGGGUACAAAAUACAUUAAAAAAAGUUAACAAAAUGUUCAAGCAAUACAAAGAUUUAUGUGAUGUUGUUUCCUUAUUGGCAUACUGUCCUUCCGAAAGAUCGUACUUGUUGAACAAAGAAGCUAACGGUGAAUAUUGGCUACCUUCUUGCAAAACCGAGAAAAACUGCUGGAAUACGACAGCCCAGAAAAUAAAUGUAGAGAUAUUCGGAAGCGAAGCAAGCGCAUGCCAGCCGCUCCAGGUCCUAAAGACUUGGUUACCUGACCACGAGAGUCCAUGCGUAUACCACGCCGUUUAUAAGACCGCCGUCAAGUCGGAAGUCAAGAAACGGAUGAAGAAUAAAAAUGUCAGCGGCACCAAAAACCGUCAAUGGGUGAACUCAGUCGAGUUGGAUCGCCUGCGUGCGCACUGCAGUCUUCGGAGUCCAGAGAUCGCCAUGUUGGCCGCCAUGGCUACUGGGGACCAAUGCAAGGACCAAGAGGGUCAAGAGCUGAAGAGCAGUAUGGUAGUCGAGGUGUGCGAAGAAAACACGCUGAUUGGGCCGGACUGUGCGGGCAGCCUCGUUGGUGCCGCUCUGCAGCAAUGUCAGCUGCUUGCCGCUGCUAAUUACAAGAAAGAAGACCAGAUCCGUGUGUACCGUGAGUUCACAGAGUUGGUGUACCCUGCACAGUACAUGAGCCCGCAUUUGUUCAAGCAGCUCAUGGUGGAAGUUGGCUGGCAAUACCAGCAGUGCCCGGCUCUUUUCAGAGCUGCAGACAUGACAAACCGCGGCGGGCUCUCGUUUCACGAUCUGCUGAUGUGGAUAGCGGCUCUGGAGCCCGUGACGCAGCAUAGUGGUUCUACUGCAGAAGUCCGGUGCAAAUAUAUCUUCAGAUAUUUCGACAGCGACCGCGACCAGAAGUUGGACUACGCAGAGUUUAAAGAGCUGGUUGCCGCGGCACGAGCGGCGCGGCAGCUUCCCAUUGACGCGCUGAGCGUGGCGCGCGACGCCGACAAUGUCUACAGGCAGCUGAACUUGCAACCAAACUCUCAAUUGUCCAUGACGGACUACCUGCGUGGUGUGAGCGAGGCUCGCCUCCGAGGAACCAGCGCCAUGCUGCGCGCCAAGCGAGGGAUCGCUAACUAUCUCGUCGACCUGCAGCAAGUGAAACUGGCUCGCCCGCAGGCCCAAGACAAACAGCCUCUACAUACUCCAGCACCGCCACACUUGGCAAAAGCUGCACAGACUCGUUCCUCAGGACAGCAGACAGAAAGCGGUGUAUCCCGACGCGAUAAACUCAGCGCGAGCACCAUCCGCCGCGCCGACUAUGCCGUGGCCGCUUAUACAGUGCGAGUGAGACGCCGCGCCAACGAGAUGCUGGAGCUGACUGCUAUAGACGAAGACGCGGUGACACCCUCAACACUGAACAUCCUAGGUUCCCUAUCACUAGAGGUCCUGGGCCCAUCCACAGCACCUGUAGCAGCGCUCGCGGCUGUUAGAUACUUCGCCACCGCUAUUAGUAGCGUUAACACCAAACGCCCGUCAGUGGUAGGCAACUUAGCAGCCUCGGCCAAGCUGGCGUGGACCUGGGCCAAUAAAACCGAGGAGGCCGAUUUGGGGAACCUGAUCAUCAAGCUCGCGGACGCAGUGGCUCAUAUCUGCGUCAAUGAGCCGAGAAUGCUGCGGAUACGAUCGCCGAUAUACGCUGUAGGUGACCUCCAUGGCAACUUAGCGGCUCUCCUCGCGAUGGAGACCGCCUUCUGGCCGAUGGGUCCAGCAUUGGCCCCGACCCACUUCCUCUUCCUAGGGGACUAUGUGGACCGAGGGCCGCACGGUUCCGAGCUGAUAGCUUAUCUUCUGGCGGCCAAGCUGCAGAGGCCGCAGUCAGUGCUAUUGAUACGGGGUAACCAUGAGACUAGGGAUAUACAGAAGAUGUUCACGUUUCAUGCUGAAUGCAUAACCAAGUAUGGUGAGGUAGAGGGAGCGAGGGUGUGGUCGGCGAUUAACAACGUCUUUGACGCGCUGCCACUUGCCGCCGUCGUCGACGACAAGGUAUUCUGCUGCCACGGCGGCAUCCCCCCACCUUGGGUGUGCCCGUUAAUAUCAGCUAUCGACAAAGUCCCCGUGCCACUACCGAAGCCCUCUGAGCAGAGCUCGAUAGCUUGGGAGCUUCUGUGGAACGACCCUGUCAAACCGCACAAGAUCACGGCUACGCAGGCGUUAGAGCUGGCCGCCAACGAGGGGUUCGCGGCGAACUCCAAGCGCGGCACCGGGCAUGUGUUCGAUCAGAGCGCGCUUGAUCGAUUCCUGCUUGCAAAUCAGUUGUCGCAUGUACUCCGAGCGCACGAGGUGCACCAAGCCGGGUUUAUGUGUCAGUUGCGCGGGCGACUGGUCUCUGUGUUUUCGUCUUCGCGCUACUGCGGCGGCACCAACGACUCCGGCGUGGCUUUACUGGACGACGGCAAGCUGCGGUUGUUGAGGAUCAAUGCAGAUUAAGGGCCAGGUGCACCAAACAUAUUGACGCAACGAUCAACGCCACUCAGCAGUGAACUAAAGAAAUUCCCACGUAAUACAAUUUCGCAAACGUUAAUAGAAGGUAUGUUGCAUCCGACUCUGAGAAACGUAUAAGACUAAGCGAUAUUUCGGGCGAGAAAUGCCGCUGUUUUCCUUUGUCUUCUUAUAUGUUCGCUCGGGCGGGGAAAACGCACGCGCUGCCUCAGCCGAGGCACGUCUACACUGGCCGGUUUGUGCGUGAGGAAAUUGCCUCGCGCGUAUGCUCGCUCUGUGUGGACCCGGCUAAUCAGAAAUAUAUGUCGUACCAUGAACCUUUAACACAUUCACCGCUGAGCUACGGUCGUAGCGCUACGUCGUCACCGAUAACAUGAUUUCCCGGUAUGUAGCGAAAAUGCUUCGUAGAGGCAAAACGACAACGUGUCGUGACUAGCGCUGAAUGGGUUAACAAAUCUUUAUAUUGUUGUAAUUAGAGUUGGUCAUUGAAUCAUGAACGAUUGUUAUUUUUAUACACAAUGAAGUACAUUAUUUGAAUUCGUUAAUGUUUCGUAUCGAACCAAAAAAAAAAAGGUUAAUAAUAAAAAAAAAAUUGAAUUUCA